AUGAAAAGGGCGCUAGACCACUUGGCUGAUCAGGGCAAGCUGAAUGAUUACUUAAGGAAGAAUCCUACCCCGAAAGGAAAAGCCAAGGAAAAGCAAUCCGCUAGUGAAGAUACGGGGGAUUACAUUGGAGUGAUAGCUGGAGGCCUAGCCGCAGGCGGGUCUGUUAGCAAGGCAAAAGACAGCUUAUGGGCACUUGAACACCAAGUCUUGAAAGUAUCAUCGGCUUCUCAGACAGCACCGGUGAUGAUCUUUGGCGGGAGCACUGGCCGGCCAAUCCAAGAGUCCCAUGACGAUCCCCUAGUAAUCGAAAUGAAAGUUGCCAACUCAACAGUCGGGCGAGUGCUGGUAGACAGUGGGUCGUUUGCCGACAUUAUCACUCUGAAAUGCCUAGAAGGGCUCAAAUAUUCCAAGGAUGAUCUGAAAACCAUCUCCCAGCCGCUCAUUGGGUUUGGAGGACAAGCCGUGCAUCCCCAAGGUACCAUCAAGCUACCUGUCAGGUUGGGUCCUAAGAACAAAGGAAGACGACUACUGGUGGAAUUUCUUGUCGUGGACAUCUCCCUACCAUAUAACAUCAUCUUGGGCCGACCUCUACUAAACAAAGUAAAAGCCGCAAUUUCUGUGUACCAACUUCUCAUGCAAUUCGAGUUGGAGGAUGGCACUGUGGGAAAGAUCUUUGGAGAUCAGCAAGUGGGUAGAAGAUGCUAUGUCAACAACCUCAAAAGGGUGUCAGACACCCCCCAACCCCCAGCCAAGAAAGUCAAGCAGGAAGAGACCCCACUAGUCCUAUUCACCGACUGUCCCUCGGGAUAUGAUCGCCCUAAGCCAGCAGAGGCAGAUAAGGAAGAGGUACUGCAAGAGGGUACAAAUCGGAUGGUCAGAGUAGGCACAGGCAUUGAGGAAGCACUACGCAAUGAAAUCUUGUCGGUCCUGCGAGAAUUUAAAGAUGUCUUUGCUUAUACAGUGGAAGAGAUGCCGGGGAUAGAACCAUCCAUCAUGACCCAUCACCUUCACAUCAAACCAGAAUAUAAACCCGUCAAGCAGAAACUAAGGCAUCAAGGGGUGGAACGCAAUGCCGCAGCCGUAGCUGAGGUAAAGAAGCUCCUAGAAGCCGGAUUCAUCAAAGAAUGCCAAUACUCAGAGUGGCUGGCAAAUGUGGUGCUAGUCAAGAAGCCGACAGGCGCUUGGAGGAUGUGCGUCGACUUCACCGACCUUAACAAAGCCUGCCCGAAAGAUGACCAUCCCCUACCCAAGAUUGACAGGUUGAUCGAUUCAACAGCCGGCCACGCCUUAUUCAGUUUCAUGGACGCUAAUGCGGGGUACCACCAGAUCCCUAUGGCUGAAGAGGAUCAGCCCCACACGACCUUCAUCACUAGCCAAGGCGUCUGCUGCUACAAAGUCAUGCCCUUCGGUUUGAAAAACGCCGGAGCCACAUAUCAAAGAUUCAUCAACAAAAUCUUCGAGGGGCAGUUAGGUAGAAACGUCGAAGCCUAUGUCGAUGAUAUGAUCGUGAAAUCAAAAGCCAAGGCUGAUCAUGUCAAAGAUUUGAGAGAAACCCUUUCAACACUUAGAAAAUAUGGCAUGAAGCUCAACCCACAAAAAUGUGUUUUUGGAGUCAAAGGGGGGAAAUGCCUAGGCUUCUUGGUGGAUGAGAGGGGCAUCGAAGCCAACCCUGAUAAAAUCCAAGCCAUACUAGACAUGAAAUCCCCUCAAACCGUCAAACAAGUCCAAAGGCUAACUGGAUGCAUAGCAGCCAUGGGGCGUUUCCUCUCAAGGUCGGCAGACAAGAGCUUAUCAUUCUUCAAAACUCUCAAGGGGAGUUCAUUUCAUUGGGAUGCAGAAGCCGAGAUAGCCUUCCAACAACUCAAGGAUCAUCUGUCCAGCCUACCGAAACUUGUAUCCCCCCUACCAGGAGAGCCCUUAUACUUGUACUUGGUCAUGUCCAAAUAUUCAUUAAGUGUUGUCUUGGUGGCUGAGCGAGAAAAGACCCAACACCCAGUGUACUUUGUCAGCCAUGCCUACAGAGGAGCCGAGUCCAGGUAUUCUGACAUAGAGAAACUUGUAUUCGCCCUCGUAAUGGCCAGUAGAAAGCUCAAACCCUACUUCCAAGCAAACCCCAUCAAGGUUCUCACAAGUCAGCCAAUUCGGAAGAUCAUUGAGGGGAGGAAUCGCUCAAGUAGAAUGACUGACUGGGCUGAUCAACUCGCAGACUUCGGAUUAGAAUAUGAGCCGAGAAGAGCAAUCAAAGCUCAAGCCCUGGCAGACUUCAUUGCUAAAUGCACCAACCGCCCUGAGCAAAGCCUCGAUUCCACACCUUGGAUCCUGAACGUGGACGGGUCCUCCUCCAAGUCCGGUAGUGGAGCUGGUAUCCUCAUUGUGUCUCCUUCGGGGGAAAGGUUCGAAUAUGCUGUGAAGUUCGAUUUCAACGCCUCAAACAAUGAGGCUGAAUAUGAAGCCCUCAUCCUUGGCCUAGAGUUAUGUCAAGUGGCUGGAGCAAGCGCCAUACAUGUUUUCUCAGACUCACAACUCAUUUUGGGACAGAUGACGGGGGAGUACGAAGCCAAAGAGGAUAGCAUGCGGAUGUAUCUAAACAAAGCCAAGAACAUGAGCACCGCACUGGCCGAGUUCCAAAUUCAACAUGUCCCAAGGGGAGAGAAUACACAGGCGGAUGCUUUGGCAAGGAUGGCUAGUUCGGCUGAAGGGCUUACCCCAAGAACCAUCAUGUGGGAGGUGUUAAGAGAGCCAAGCAUUAACAAGCCCGCGGUCAACUACCUCGACCGAUCCAACACUUGGAUGGAUCAGAUAAUAGCCUACAAGAGAAGCCAAGAGUUGCCCGAAGAUGAAAAAGAAGCAGCCCAAGUAAAGAAACGAGUUGAAUGGUUUGUAUGGUAUGAAGAUAACUUGUAUAAAAAGUCCUACACACACCCACUCCUCAAGUGCAUUACCCCCGAGGAUGGUGAUUAUGUGCUAAGGGAGAUACAUCAAGGGGCGUGUGGAAGUCAUCAAGGGUCUCGAACCACCGCUGGAAAGGCACUCAGAGCCGGGUUCUAUUGGCCCACUCUCCAAGCAGAUGCGGAGAAGCUAGUACGUCAUUGUGAAAAGUGCCAAAAAUACGCUCAAGUCCAAAAUCUACCCUCCAACAAACUAACAGCCAUCAUUGCCACACUACCCUUCGAUCAGUGGGCUAUGGACCUCCUAGGCCCUUUUCCCGCCGCAACGGGGCAGAGAAAGUUUUUGUUGGUCGCCAUCGACUACUUCACCAAAUGGAUUGAAGCCGAGCCCCUUGCCUCAAUCACAGACAAACAAAUUCAGAAGUUCAUUUGGAGAAACAUAAUCACUCGCUUUGGCGUUCCUAGGGCCUUGAUAUCCGACAAUGGAAGGCAGUUCAACAGCAAGCCCACCGUGGCAUACUGUAAGCAAUUUGCUAUAUGCACCUACUUCAGUGCUGUAUCACGGCCACAGACAAAUGGUCAAGCAGAAGCCGCAAACAAAAUCAUACUCCAUGGACUCAGAACCAUGCUAGAAGGGUCCAAAGGGACAUGGGUAGAUGACCUUCCCGGAGUACUCUGGUCUGCCCGAACCACAAACAAGGACGCCACAGGGCGGUCCCCCUUCGAGCUUGUGUAUGGAAGUGAAGUUGUUCUCCCUGUAGAGGUGGGCAUUCCAAGUCCAAGGGUAACGUUCUACGACUAUGAGGAGAAUGAGAAAAAGAAGAGCCAUGACCUAGACUUGCUUCCUGAAAUAAGAGGUGAUGCCUUGCUCAGAUCCAUUGCCCAAAAAAGAAAGAUGACAAGGCACUUCAACAGAAGGGUUAAGCAUAAGCCCAUCAACCAAGGAGACUGGGUGUUGAGGAACAUCGAAUCAACGGGUAAACAAUCUGACAUGGGAAAGCUAGCUCCUAACUGGGAAGGACCCUACAAGGUAACUAAACAAGUAAGGCCAGGAACCUUCCGCCUCGAAACCCCUGAAGGCAAGGCUCUCUCUCGACCAUGGAACGCCGAUAAUCUCAGAAGGUUCUAUGUCUAA